UACCACAGUAUUGACCAUGACAACUUUGAGUACCAUUGCAAGAAAGUCAUUACCCCGUGUCUCCUAUGUCACCGCUAUGGAUUUGUUUGUGACUGUAUGCUUUCUAUUUGUCUUUGCUGCUCUGAUGGAGUAUGCAACCCUCAACUACUACUCCAGUUGCAGGAAACCAAACUGUACUAAGAAGAAAAAGUCGCUACCUGAUGUCAGUUUUGGUCAUGUGAUGAAUUAUUCUGUACUUGAUAUGAGACCACCAACUACAGUCAUCACAUUGAACAAUGCCAUGUACUGGCAAGAAUUUGAAGAGGCAUGUGUCUAUGAAUGUCUGGAUGGGAAAGACUGCCAGAGCUUUUUCUGUUGUUAUGAAGAAUGUAAAUCAGGCUCAUGGAGGAGAGGACGGAUUCACAUAGACAUCUUAGAACUGGAUUCUUACUCUAGGGUCUUUUUUCCUACAUCCUUCCUGCUGUUUAACCUGGUCUACUGGGUUGGAUACCUCUAUCUUUAAAUGUUGCCUGUAGUGGUGAAGACUGUCGUGUUUUCACACUGCGGAGGGAUGGUGGAAGUGCAGAAAAAGUGAAGGACAUGGUCGGUUUCAUCUCAAAUUAUAGAGGCCACAUUAACCUUCACCAUCACAGAUCCUGAUGAAGAAUUUUAAUAUGUAAUUUCCUGAAAAAGAAAAAUGUGGAAGAAUUCUCUCCUUACUGCUAUUCAUUUUAAGGGAAAGAUUCUUACAAAAUUCAGCUGAAUUUGUAGUGUAAGCAAUGUUUAUGAAUAAUUAUUGUAUAUUAGAAUUCUUACUAUUCUCCCUUGGCAUAGAAGCUAUACACAAUUCAGGCAAGGAUUAAGUAUGUCAUUUUUGUUCUUCAUUCCCAUACUUUCUUCAAAAUGCUGCCAUAUCCCUGAGGCUCAGAGCAACAUACACCGGCACUGGCAAAUAAGCUAAAGCCAAUGAAACCACCCAUUUAUAUUUAAACUUGCUUGAGCUAUAUCCCAUAGGUUCUGGGAAAUAUUUUCCUGGUGAUCUCCUUGAUAUAGAGAAACCACCAAAAGACAGUAAUAAAUGUCUUUGGUGAAAUUAAAACAGGGAAGCUACUUACUUCAAAGGUCUGGGAUUUAUGGAAUUAGCCACUUACCUACAUGUAUUGGUUUUAAUUUGAGAUGAAAAGGCAGAGUUCUAAGAACACUAAUAUUUUGAUAUAAAUAAGACUUGACUAUCUCUGAGGCAACUGUAGGCAUAACUUCUACUGUUUUUCAAGCUUUUAACUGUCUUUUUUUAUGACUGGUUAAACACAGGAUUGUCAUUGAUUUCUAAAGUACUCUACUUGAAGCAGGACAAGAUUCCUGCUUGUUUGUGUCAUUGUAGCAGAUCACAGUUGAUAGGCCAUGAGUAAAAUCACUAUAUAAUAGCACUAGGAAUAUGUGACUUUCUUCAGAUUGCAAUUUACUAAAAAGUGCUCUCAUGCAUUCCUAUCUUUUUUCUUCCAAAGUUAUUUUAUAAAAUUAAGAAAAAAAAAAAAAAAGAAAAAAAAACUUUGAGUGCCAAAGGCGGUUUUAAUUUCUUCCAUAAAGUUAAAUUUUGCAGUCCUUAUUUAUGUUAUAUAUUCCUUGGAUCUGACCUGAAGACUGAAAACUUUUAUGGGACUGUCACCCCCUGGAUCAAACAUGGAAUAGCUGCCACAUGUAGAUCUUUCCUAAACUACCAACUACAUUUUAGUAUAGAGAGGUAUUUUGUACUUUUCAAACUGUUGACCAUUAUAUUCUUAAAAGGACCAUUUUUUUCAAAAAUUAGUUUUACAGUGUUAAACUAUAUUACUUUUUUUACAGACUGUUUCAAUAAUUAUUAAGGAACAAAACAAAUUCAAGACUAAAUAGUAAUGGCUUUUCACUACCUUUUGGAUAACAAACUGUUACAACAGAUUAGACAGAUUCACCUCAAAAAAAAA